AUGUCAACAUUACGAGAUGUAGUUUCAGAUUCCUUGUUUCUUAUUCUUCUGCGAAUUGCUCAAAAUUGCUCAAAGCUCUUAAACUUUCAUAUACUACACGAAUAUUCUUCAUUAAAACUUCAAUCAUGGAAACAUAAGGGACACCUUACUCAUGAAAUAAUUGCUGGUGCUGCUGCUUUUGAAGCGAUGAGGCACUACGAAAAAAAGAAAGAAGAACAAACCGGCCAAAAAGACAAACAUGCUUUUCUUAAAGAGGCAUUCGUAGCAUUUGCUGCUGGUGAGGCAGAAAAACUCAUUGAAACAAAAGGUCUUGAUGCUAUUGAUAAAGCAAAAGCAAAAAAACAUGCGGAAGAACAAGCUUCGCAGUUAUAUGAUG